UCCAUUUGCUUGGUAAAUCUUCCUCCAUCCCUUUAUUUUGAGCCUAUGUGUGUCUUUGCACGUGAGAUGGGUCUCCUGAAUACAACACACCAAUGGGUCUUGACUCUUUAUCCAAUUUGCCAGUCUGUGUCUUUUAGUUGGGGCAUUUAACCCAUUUACAUUGAAGGUUAACAUUGUUACGUACGAAUAUGAUCCUGUCAUUAUGAUGUUAGCUGGUUAUUUUGCCCCUUAGUUGAUGCAGUUUCUUCAUAGUGUCGAUGGUCUUCACAAUUUGGUAUGUUUUUGCAGUGGCUGGUACUUGUUUUUCCUUUCCAUAUUUAGUGCUUCCUUGAGGAGCUCUUGUAAGGCAGGCCUGGUGGGGACAAAAUCUCUCAGCAUUUGCUCAUCUGUAAAGGAUUUUAUUCCUCCUUCACUUAUGAAGCUUAGUUUGGCUGGAGAUGAAAUUCUAGGUUAAAAAUUCUUUUAUUCCCACUGGCUGCUCUGAAAAGCCAUCUUUGCAUUGUUCCUCGUCCACCUCCUUGCUCGCCGCAGCCUCCUUGCUCGCUGCAGCCGCCUCCGCCGCACGCCUCCUCCACCGCCGCCGCGGACUCCAGCAGCUUUAUCACCAGAGUUCCUGAACUCUCCCUUUCUUUUUAAUUCCCUGCAUCGGAUCACCGGCGUGCCCCACCAUGUCAGACGCAGCCUUAGACACCAGCUCCGAAAUCACCACCAAGGACUUAAAGGAGAAGAAGGAAGUUGUGGAAGAGGCAGAAAAUGGAAGAGACGCCCCUGCUAACGGGAAUGCUAAUGAGGAAAAUGGGGAGCAGGAGGCUGACAAUGAGGUAGAUGAAGAAGAAGAAGAAGGUGGGGAGGAAGAGGAGGAGGAAGAAGAAGGUGAUGAUGAGGAAGAGGAUGAAGAUGAAGCUGAGUCAGCUACGGGCAAGCGGGCAGCUGAAGAUGAUGAGGAUGACGAUGUCGAUACCAAGAAGCAGAAGACCGACGAGGAUGACUAGACAGCAAAAAAGGAAAAGUUAAACUAAAAAAAAAGGCCGCCGUGACCUAUUCACCCUCCACUUCCCGUCUCAGAAUCUAAACGUGAUCACCUUCGAGUAGAGAGGCCCGCCCGCCCACCGUGGGCAGUGCCACCCGCAGAUGACACGCGCUCUCCACCACCCAACCCAAACCAUGAGAAUCUGCAACAGGGGAGGAAAAAAGAACCAAAACGUCCAAGGCCCUGCAUUUUUUCUCAAAAGUACUUUAAAAAGGAAAUUUGUUUGUAUUUUUUAUUCACAUUUUAUAUUUUUGUACAUAUUGUUAGGGUCGGCCAUUUUUAAUGAUCUCGGAUGACCAAACCAGCCUUCGGAGCGUUCUCUGUCCUACGUCUGACUUUACUUGUCAUGUGACCAUGUUCAUUAUAAUCUCAAAGGAGAAAAAAAACCUUGUAAAAAAAGCAAAAAUGACAACAGAAAAACAAUCUUAUUCCGAGCAUUCCAGUAACUUUUUUGUGUAUAUACUUAGCUGUACUAUAAGUAGUUGGUUUGUAUGAGAUGGUUAAAAAGGCCAAAGAUAAAAGGUUUCUUUUUUUUCCUUUUUUGUCUAUGAAGUUGCUGUUUAUUUUUUUUGGCCUGUUUGAUGUAUGUGUGAAACAAUGUUGUCCAACAAUAAACAGGAAUUUUAUUUUGCUGA